AUGGUCGCACGUUCGGAUUUGCUUGGGUCCUUUGUCAUGACGUCAUUGAUGUUGGUUGCGGGCCGUGUAGUGUCGCUCGUGUUUUUCCUGAACACUCUAUCAAAUGCGGCACCCGAAUGCGAAAUCACUAUUUCAGGCUCAAUUGGCGAUGCAAAUUCUACAGUUGAAGAUGUUUUAAAUCUCAAUAAAAUCAUAUUGCCGAAAUUGGAGGAAAUCAUCAAACGUGACUACUUUCGCAUUUUUCAAGUUAAUUUGUACCAAAAAUGCCAAUUCUGGCCGGACGAUGGACGGUGUGUUUUGCGCGAUUGUCAGGUUGAGGAUUGUUCUAUCUCCGAGAUUCCAAUUGGACUUCGGGAGUCAAGCUAUGACAAGCUUAUUUCCCCUAAGGCCGUGGCACGUGUAGAUUCAGAAAGUGGCUUCAAUAGAGAGCAAUGUUUGCAUGAGGAGGAGGAGACAUUAACGCUUGGACAACUGGAUACAUUUCUUGAUGAAAAUCAGCAGAAAACUAUUGGAAAGUGGUCCACGAAAGAGGCAGAGGACAAACCAUUCUGUGAAUUGGGUGAUGAGUCUGAACAGGGUACAAUUUAUGUUGAUCUAUUAAAGAAUGUGGAGAAAUACACAGGUUACAAGGGCGAGUCAUCGGCACGCAUUUGGAAAUCAAUCUACCUGGAAAAUUGUUUUCGGUCCAACCCCAUGCGAGUUUUCAACGGUAUCCCUUACUCGCCAGUGGAUACAAAAGCUUGCAAAGAGAAGCGUCUUUUCUACCGACUCAUUUCUGGUCUCCAAACGAGUAUCAGUCUUCAACUCUGCUAUAAUCACCUCUUAUCGGAUUUUAAGGGCGCCUCCAGUUUCUUCAGUCUGCCUAAGGAGAACGUCUGGGGCCCAAGUGUGGAGGAGUUUGUGCGCCGUUUUCACCCAGCCCUAGUGCCUGAGUCCCUUGGGCGUCUGCGCAACCUAUUUCUCGCCUAUGUAGUAGAGAUGCGUGCUAUCGCCAAAGUGGCGCCCUACCUCAGGCAGCAAGCCUUCUACACCGGUGACACGGCUAUCGACACCCAGACCAGGAGCAUGGUGCUAGAUUUUCUUAGUGACAUCGAGGAUCAUAAUGGUGUCUUUGACGAAUCACAACUUUUCCAUGAAUCGGGAAAAGAAAUUCUUGACUUAAAAGAAGAAUUCCGCUUGCGUUUUCUAAACAUCAGUCGAAUCAUGGAUUGCGUGGGCUGUGAUAAAUGCAGGCUGUGGGGAAAAUUACAGAUACAGGGUAUAGGCACCGCCCUGAAGGUGCUUUUCAAUGAUAACCUCUUCGAUAACUCCAAAUGCUGUUUUGCCCAGAUGCGACCAAAUAACCAACUCCGGCGAUCUGAAAUUGUAUCACUUUUUAAUGGUUUCGCAAAGUUCGCAACGAGUAUCCAGAAUUUUGCUCAAUUAAGGGAAAUGAUGAUAAAGCAGACAAGUUUGAUGCUUCGGUCCUCUUGCCUCCUCUGUCUUCCAAUGCAUUGGCCUCCUCUGUCUUCCAAUGCAUUGGCCUCCUCUGUACAGGAUUGUUGA